GCGGAGAGUGCCUGUGUGUAUUGCCCGAUUCACCAAGCUCUGAAAGAUAAUGGAGACUCUGAGCAUGGCAAACACCGAGUUCGCCCUUGACCUUUUUCAGUACAUGUGCCAGAUUCAUCAUGACGACAACAUCUUAUUUUCACCUUGGAGCAUCUCUUCUAUUAUGGCGGCUGUGUAUCUUGGGGCCAAAGGCUGCACUGCAGAGCAGAUAGCAGAGGUGUUCCAUUUUAACAAAGUUGGAAGAACAGGAGCCACUAGGGCAAUAACACGACGUGCAUAUUCCAAAAUGGAGGAGCUUCUGCAUAACCCCUGCAUCUCCACCCAGAAGGCACCGCUCGAUAUCCAUUCGGAAUUCCAGGAGCUUAGCCAAGAAAUCAGCCAGCCUUCUAAAAACAUCCUGCUAAGAAGCAUCAAUCGACUAUAUGGUGACAGAUCAAUGUCUUUCAGAAAUGAAUUCUUACAAUCAGCCAAGAAGUAUUAUAACAUGGAACCGCAAACAGUGGAUUUUCAGACAGCUUCAGAUGAGGUCAGAAAAGAAAUUAAUUCCUGGGUGGAACAGCAGACAGAAGGUAAAAUACAGAAUCUGUUGAAGGAGGGAUCCAUAGAUUCACUUACCCAACUCAUCAUGGUGAAUGCACUAUACUUCAAAGGAAACUGGUCAAAGACAUUUAAGAAGGAAGCCACAACGGAACAGCCUUUCAGAAUGAACAAGAGCAGAAGUAAAAAAGUGAAGAUGAUGUUCCAGAAGGGGAAAUUUAAUUGGAACUACAUAGCAGAUGUCCAGACUCAUAUUCUUGAGCUCCCGUAUGUCAAUAAAGACCUCAGCAUGUUUAUACUACUCCCAGAUGACAUCAGAGAUAACAGCACUGGCUUGGAAGCGCUAGAACGAGAAUUGACUGGUGAGACUUUAUCCAAGUGGACAAGCCCAGAAGAAAUGGAGGAAACUGAAGUACGGGUCUAUCUUCCUAGGAUCCAACUUGAAGACCGCUAUGAGUUAAAGUCCACUUUGAGCCGCCUGGGGGUGAUGGAUGCCUUCGAUGCAGGCCGAAGCAACUUCAGCGGGAUGUCCGACAAAAACGACCUGGUUCUCUCUCAGGUUUUCCACAAGUGCUUUGUUGACAUCAAUGAAGAAGGUACGGAAGCGGCCGCUUCGAGUGUCGCUGAUAUAGCCAGCCGAAGCGAAGGGGAUGCAGUUUUGUUUGCGGCUGAGCACCCUUUCCUCUUCUUUAUAAGGCAUAAUAAAAGCAAAAGCAUCCUCUUCUUUGGAAAGUUCUGCUCCCCCUAAGCGAUUGCAACCACCUUAGCCAACAGGAAGGAUCUUGCCUCAGUCGGAAGAUGCCACAGGCCCCGUUAACCACAAUCUGUCACAAUAGAGGGCCUGUUCACACUUUGCUGUGUAUUUGAGGAACAGAAUAUACAGAUAGAUCCAUAUGGCUGUUACCAAUAUGCUCACCCAAAGGCCAACUUCGGGCUUUAGAAAUGAAGAAAACCCACUGGGUACGGCCUUGAGUUUUUGCAGGGCAGUUUCCCCUGAUUCUGCUGCUCUGUCAAUUGUGCUGUCUAUUGCAAAUAUAAACUAGGGCACUUGGCAAAGGAACAACUGCUUUUUUGGAGGGGUGUGUGUUAAAAAGCAGUCCAAGGAAAUCAGUUAAGUUACCCCAGGGUGCUGCUAACCCAGUGUGCCGUGCCCAAUAAUAUAAACAUUGGCUUAUUCCAUCUACACGGUGUGAACUGUUUGCUACAUGUUUUAAUAGGCAAAUAUUGCAUGCAAGAGCAAAAUAUGCACAUGCGAUUCUCCUUUUCUUUAGACUCCUCGUGAAUUUGCAGAAAUGUAGAGUCUGGUUCCUUUAUGUUUUACCUGUGUGGUUUAUGUUAUACAUAAUGCUGUCUUAACUUAUUUCACUG